UAGUACUUCACACAAUUUUUCCCAUCUCAACCAACUAGAGCAUGUGUAUUUGUUUGUUACUCCACACAAUUUUUCUCAAUCUAACCAACUAGAGCAUGUGUAUUUGUGUUUUAUUUUCGCAGCAAAUUGUGAAGAGAGAGAGAGUUGGGAAUGGAGAGAGUGGCAUCCAUGGCGAAGGCAGCCGUGCAUAAAGCCAGAUUGUAUUGCUCAUCGAUCAGAUACUUCAGAGUCCCCACCUUCGAUGACUUCGACAUCGUUUUGGCUGAAAAGAUAUCAAUCCUCCGCGGCAAAGUGGGCCGGGGUGACAUCGUCAUAAUGGUUAGCCCCGAACAAUCGAAGUUCCUAAUCAAGAGGAUCAAGGCUGUCGGGGGCGACGUCGUUUCUUAUGCUCCCUUCAAUAAUCGCCAUCGCGGAUAUACUGAUCUCAACAAGACUCUUGUUGUACCAAAUGGGCAUGUUUGGGUUGAAGGGGAUUAUUUGCUCGACAGUAGAGAUUCCAGGCAUUUCGAUGCAGUUCCUUACGGGUAUCUACGCUAUAGAGUGUUUGCUGUGUUGGAUCAUAAUCAGAAUCAGAGACGGAACUACAUAGUGCCAAGCCCCCCGCCGGGGCUUGGCCGGCACCAAAUGCUGAUAACCCCUUACACGUCUUUCCUCCGACCAGUCUCCGCCCCAGAGAGGGCCAGCCGUUUAGUGUUCAGACUUGAGAGCCGCCUAUACUCUGAAUCUGAAAAUUGAAAAAUGAAGGAGGAGAAGACUUGGGCUUAAUAGUUUUGGGCUAUUUAUUUAAUUGUUGGGCUACUGUUUAAUUUUGGGCUAUAAUACCCUUUAUAUACUUCCGUCUUUUUAGUUAUAUAAACUUAUCUUCUAAUCAAAUCUAAUUAAAGUAAUGACUAAUUUUUCAAUUAAUUUGAAGAAAAGUUUUUUUAAGUUGAUGCUCUUAACUUUAUUUAGCGAUCCGAUUCAGAAAUACUCCAAUUUUAGUAAUUAUGAAAUUAAUAUAUGAAUUAUAAUUUGUUUUUAUGGAUUUUGAAAAUAAUUAGUUAUAUAUUUGUGCUGUAAUAUAUGUUCUAUGAUGUCCAUGAAUUUGAUAAUAUAUUUAUUCAACUUUUAUUUAUUUAUUUAUUUAUUAUUAUCAUUAUUAUUUAUUACUCUUUUCGUCCCAUUAAAUAUAAAACACUUGUUUUUCGGUAUAAGAUUUUAUAUUGUGUUAUUUUGUGAGUUAAUAAAGAGAGACUAAAGUAAGAAAGAUGUGCACUUCGGCACAUGAUUUUAUGUAGUGUUGUUUUGUGAGUUCACCACCCGCUGGGAGACUUUCGGCCUUAAUCUGCAACCCCGGUCAAGCAGGAUUACAAGUGUGUUCGAAAUGGUCAAACAAAAAAAGAGAGAGAAUAAAGUAAGAGAUGAAAAAAAUAGAGAUAAUGUUAUUUUCUUUUUAUGAAACGUUUCAUUUUUAGUGGGACAAUCCGAAAAUGAAAAAGUUUUAUUUUUAAUGAAACAGAAGGAGUAGUAUUAUUUAAAGUUUAGCACCGGCUUAUUCAAAUUCUUGGUUCCGUCACUGAUCAUAAUGAUGUUGUUUUAUAAAAAAUGUGUGUGCUUCAAUCACGGAAGUUUGGAAAUUGCCUACCUUUCUCUACAGGUGUGGCCACCUAGAGAUUGCAGAUUGAUUCGCAACAAGAUUGAAUGACUCUGUCUUGAAAGGUGCACUUAAAUCUUUCUUCAGUCGACCUUGUCUUAGCUUUCUUCGAUUUGUUAUUGUUUACAUGCAUCGAUGGCAUAGAUAUCUAAACACAUGUAUGAGAUUAUGAAUGAGUAAAAAGUUUGUUCUAGUUUUAUGGCUAUGAUAUAAUAUGUGAACUCUAAUAUUCCUUCUGGUGGAACUUGCAUUUUCUGCUCUACAUGAAUCUUACCUUGUUUCACUUGACAGCUAGGCCUCGAAUAAAGGUGUGUAGCAGGAUAUGUGUAGUUGCAUUCUUUCAAAAACUUACUCGCUGAUCCACACGUUCAUACUCAAACAAGCUGUUAGUUGAUAAGAGAUGUGGAUGGGCCAACUCCCUUUUUGAUAUAGUUUGUUGGAAAUAUUGUAGCCGGCAACCCUUGCUAUUACAAAAGAACAAAAACUGGAAGGUAAAUGUAACAAUAUAAAUUACAACGAAC